AUGUUCUUCCGUCUUUGGACGCGGACGGGGCUUCCCCGCACACCAUUCCCCCUUUCUGCAUCCCCUCUCGCUCGCCGUCUCUUUUCUAAUCCCCGAAUGUCGACAUCACAACUGACAGAGGCGUGGCUCGAAGGCCCACAGUCAACCAAGUUCUACACGCGUACCUACACCCCAUCCUCCUCCGCACCAAAAGCUGCCCUUGUCUUCGUGCACGGCUUCGCGGAGCACAUAGCCCGGUACUCCCAUUUCCAUCCCUUACUCGCAGAGAAGGGUGUUGCGGUCUUUGCAUAUGAUCAGCGAGGAUUCGGACAGACAGCACAAGACUCCAAAGGGAACAAGAGCAAGACCAGCGCGUAUGGGAAGACGUCAUGGAAGGAACAGAUGGCAGACAUUGAGUGGGCGCUGGAGCAUGUCAAGAAGUCGUUUGAGGGCGUGCCCUUGUUCCUUAUGGGCCAUUCCAUGGGUGGUGCUGAAGCUCUCGGGUUCGCGACACAAGGAGAGAAGAGCCCUCAUGCACUUGCACUCAAGUCAGUGUGUGGGGUCAUCUCCACGAGCCCCCUCGUCGAGCAAACAACUCCGGCAUCCAAAAUCCUUAGGUUUGUUGGCGGUAAACUGAGUGCUCUGCUACCUUCUUUCCUGAUCCCUGCACCCGUGAAUCCCCAGGACUUAUCACAUGACAAAGAGGUCGGGGCUGCAUACCUGAAAGACCCACUCGUCCGCGAGCAGGGAUCGUUGAAGGGCAUUCAUGAUAUGUUGUCAAAGGGUGAAACUUUGCUUCAAAGCGCGUAUGCUCACUGGCCCAAGGAACUACCGGUAUUGCUAAUCCACGGCACAGAAGACAAGGUUACAUCCCACAAAGCCUCACAAUCUUUCCACGACAAAAUUGAUGCAGUCAAGAAGAAGAUCGUUUUAAUGACUGAUGGCUUCCACGAGCUACAUAACGAGCCAGAUGCGAUGCACAAGGUGUUGGACGAGGUCGUCGCCUUCAUCGAGGACCACCUUCCGUCCUCGUCCGCAAAAGUUCCUGAUGUUAGUGCUGCUGUCUCGUCAUCGACACCGGAAGCUGCGCCAGCUGAGACUGCAUCGGAGAAGGAGCCCUCUGUAAAGGAGCAAGUGCCGAAAGAGGCGGAAAGCUCAACUCCCGAACCAGCCCCUCCAACAGAGGCGGGCAUCGACCCAACCGGUGUUGGUUCCGCCAGAGCGAAGAUGUAA